UCCGUAAAGUGUUGACGUUACUAGCGCCAGCUGUCAGUGAAACCUAGCAAGGCUGCUAUCUUUCCUAGCGCGUUAUUUUGAGAUUUUUUAAAAUGAAUUUUUAAAUUUUUCGCUCUCUUUCAUAAUUAUCACUAACAUCGGAUUUAAAGCAAAAGUGAAUUAGCAGAUGUACAAAUAUUGUUUUUGUAUUUGUUUUGUCUUUAUUGAUCUCUACUUAGAAUUAAGGCAGCUGUAGCUGGCUAGCUUGUUGUUAGCUGUGGACCAAUCUGGUGCAGACAGGUUUUGCACUGCAGAUCCUGCUUCUCUUAUUUUGAAUUCGUUGUUCACGACGGAAAAUUAUAUUCUAUUAAAUUAUACAAGAAUAUGCAGCUUCAUUACGGAGCUAAUAAUUUACUGCGAAUAUUAACUGUUUUAGAUUAUACUUUCGCAGCAUGAUGAGUUUUUAUCAGUAAUAUCGGAUCGUUAACAUAUAAUAUUUAGACUUAAAGUCAUCCGAAUGCAUUGUGUUUCCAAUGAACUUAUCGGUUGUAUUGUGAAAAGUUAGUAACGAGUUGCAUAGUGUAAUAACUGCUGUAUUGGCAUAGAGGCGAAUAUUUGUUCAUCUUCAAUCAUGGAUAAGAAAUCAUUUGAUAUUGUCUUGGAUGAGAUAAGAAAGUGCGUCCUGACCGAUCAGCGUAUCAAAGCCAUAGAGCAGGUGCAUGGAUAUUUCUCCAGUGAGCAGGUGAUGGAGAUUUUAAAGUACUUCUCAUGGGCAGAGCCACAGAUCAAAGCAGUUAAAGCUCUGCAGCAUAAAAUGGUUGCAAUUCCUACAACCAAAGUUGCAAAUAUCUUGAAUUGCUUCACCUUCUCAAAGGACAGACUGAUUGUCCUGGAGCUAAUAGCUUUGAACAUUUCAGAUGCUCAAAAUUAUCGUCCGGUGGAGGAUCUGUUUCGCAUACACUUGUCUGAAAAGAAGCGUGCUCGCAGGAUACUAGAGCAAGUGUGUAAGGUAGGCUGCAAGGCUCCUGUAGCCAUGAUCUCUUCCUGUGGAAUAAUACCAGGAAAUCCAUACCCUAAGGGCAGACCCAGCCUGGUCAGUGGCACGUUCCCUGGAAUCCCUCCUGUAAAGAAAGAAGGGGACAAGAAAGAGGACACAUCUAAUAUGGAGGGGAAAGGAAUUGCUUCUCGGAUCCUUGGGCCUUUCAAACCUUUCCCUUCAAGCUACAAUCCUCAUCGGCCUGUGCCCUACCCUAUUCCACCGUGCCGACCCCAUGCUACCAUCGCACCAAGUGCGUACAACAACGCAGGCCUUGUUUCUAUGGGAGGGGUUAUAACAGCCAACGUGCCCCCUCCCCCCUACAACUCUACCCACAAAUUAGCAGGUUAUGCCAAACCAGGCAAUCUGCAGAACACCACACCUGGAGUCAACAGCGGGCCCCUCACCAUCCCUCAUGGAUCCACGCCUUCUACCCCUGUCCCACCUCAGGCCUCUCCUGCCCAGCCAACUCCCACAACCCCUAUCACACCAGUUUUCCCCGGCAUGGUGCCCUCUCACAACCCUAAUGCCCCCUCUCCCUCCCCUGCUCCAUCCCCAUCUGUGAUCAAAGCAGGACCACAGACCCCCAGUGGCCAUGCUACACCUGUACCUACACCUUCAUCUGUCAUUAAAGCCCAUACCCCUUCAGGCACCCCUUGUGGAACUCCUGUUCCCGGGAACUUCUCUUCUUCCCCCUUCCAUGCCGUUUCCCGACCAAGCACCCCUGCUACCUCCCGCAGUGGCCCGGACCCCUUAUCUCAGACGAACUGCAUGGGCUCAGCGCAGCAGAAAGUUUUUUCCACAGACCACCAGUCAGGACCCACCCUCCCAGGCAUACACCCACAAGCAGGUAACCCAUCUGGGUCAGUGAUACGAAGUUACACCCCCUCUGGACUGCCAUCUCUCACUCCUGGAUCAUCCACUCCAGUUAUUCCGAGCUGUUCCACUCCAGGUCCAAGUCCCAAACCCUCCCCAGCUCAUUCUGCACAGGUUCAGGCUGCCAUGGCCGCGGCUGGAGCCCUGAACAGACACACCGGAGGUAGUAACAGUGGCAGUAACAGCCCCGUGCCCUCUGCUUUCAAGGGCACUUCUCGCUCUGGCACGCCAUCUGUUAGCUCUCUGGUGGUGCCAGGUUCUGCACAGGCUGCCCUGGCACGUUCCUUUGGUCUGUCACACCCUUCAGGUUCUCCUCAAGUCUCUCUCUCUAGUCCUGUUGCUAUCACCGGCCUCCAGGCUCUGUCCUCCAGCCCAGCACCCUCGCAUUACCCUGGCCUGCCCCCCUUUCCCUCCCUUUCUUCUUCUCUCACUCCUUCCACAAUCCCUGCAUCCAUGCCCACAAUGCCUCCCACUAGCAAUAUUGCGAACCAUCCACCAACCUCCAUCUACCAAGGCCUGGCUUCCAAUGCAGCCCCCAGGGCAGCCUCACCUUUUGGUCUGGGCCUCACCUCUGCACCCUCUAUAUUCCCAGGCCUUCCGCCUGGCCCUAGUCCUGCUGCCUUCCCAGGACUGGGGGUUUCAGGAGGACACAAUGCUGGGAGCCCUGUGUUGUCUUCUUUCAUGGGACUGCCGGGGGCAGCUCCAUCUUCAGUCGCAUCAGUUGCACCGCUGCAGGCAGUAGCUGCUGCGGCAGCAGCUGCGGCUGGAGUUCCAUCGUCAUCGCCAGUUUUACCAGGUUUUGCAUCUGCUUUCAGCUCCAACUUUCAGCCUGGGUUGAGUAGUGGACUCCAGCCUCCAGGAAGCAGCGGGUUCCCCAGCUUGCUGUCCUUCCCUGGGGUGCCAGGCUUCUCUCCCUCUGCUUCUCCUGCUGCCCUUGGUGGCCUCCACAACCCAACCGUGCCGUCUGCCCUCCUGCAGGCUCAUCCCACACCUGCUUUGGAGAGCUUUCCUCCUCAGCCCAACAGCUUCACCAAUUACCCUCCAGGUCCAGGAAACGCCUUCCCUCUCCAACCAGGCCUGCACCCCCAGUUGGGCUGGCAGUGAAACUUGCUAUGUGCUUUGAAACACCGUCACACACCCUGCCCUGCUCCUCUGCAGUUGACGCUUUUAGUAUUUGGCCUUGAAAGCUGUGUAGCUCAGGGCAGAUUGAGAGUUACAGUAAUGUGUAUAUUACAGCAAAAGUGACUUACUGCAACACGGAACACUAUUGUAAAAGCAGCUGAAAUCAUAAAUGGGGGAGAUGGUUUUGGUAUUAUACUAUUCAUAGUGAACAGUUGUAAAUAUCAGUUGUCAAAGUUGUUAGGUUUUAAGUAGACUGUGACUGUUUUUAAUGUUAGCUGGCCUUGGCUGUUUUUAGGUUAUGAACAUUUAUUAGUCAAUAAUGAAUUAUAGAAAAAUUGAAAAAUGUACAUGAUAUCAUGUAAUGACUUGACAGUAUGCUCAUGUGGUCAAGUAUCAGUGGACAGGACAGGAUUAUGAUGCCUAUUGGUUGCCCUGGAUUGGAUACUUUAUUAUGACAUUCAAUUUUUAGGGGACUUAACGACAAACGUAUUUUUAAGCGGAGACAUAAUGAAUAUUUUGAAUCCUUGUGCUGUGUCAUUGGUGGGAGUGUUGUACACAAAAACAUGCAUACGACAGUUCCACUUAGGUUUCACUUAUUUUCCGUGCGGCUGUCUGCAACUCAUAUUUUGUAUGUUUAUGAAGUUUUUUUUUGACAGAUGACACGUACUUACAUUGUAAUUACAGUGUUUGACUAUUCAUACUAUAUGCAGAUUCUGCUGAGAAGCCUUUGUGGACUUGUAAAAUAUCAAUAAUGCAUUGCAACAUAGUGAAAGCUGUAAUGUUCUUUUACUCUUUUCUUUUUUACAUUAUGUUGUUUUCAUCCAUUUUCCUGUUUUUUGUAUUUGCACCUAUUUUAUUAUUUUGUCUGUAAACUUCUGGCUGCUGUAGCUGUUGCCCUAUGUCUAUUUCUAUUCUGUGCAAUGGCAGAGCUAUGAGGAGACCCCCUUAAAUAAAAUGACUGGAGACAAAAUGGACAAACA